AGGCAACAGGAAAGCAGAGGCUUUUACGCUCGAGAGAAACGAGUCCCAGAGCCUGGCGCAGGCAAGAAAGCGCCAAACGUCCUUGGGCAAGAUGGGUCUCUACCGCGUCCGCGUGUCCACCGGGUCCUCGCUCUAUGCGGGCUCCAACAACCAGGUGCAGCUGUGGCUGGUUGGCCAGCACGGCGAGGCGGCUCUCGGGAUGCGAAUGCGGCCGGCGCGGGGCAAGGAGUCAGAAUUCAAAGUGGACGUGCAGGAGUACCUGGGGCAGCUGCUGUUUGUGAAGCUGCGCAAACGGCGCCUCCUUCAGGAUGACGCCUGGUUCUGUAACUGGAUCUCCGUGCGGGGCCCUGGGGACAGCGGGGACGAGUUCAGGUUCCCUUGUUACCGCUGGGUGGAGGGCGACGGCGUCCUGGCCCUGCCGGAAGGCACUGGCCGCACGGUGGUCGACGACCCUCAAGGUCUGUUCAAGAAGUACAGGGAAGAGGAGCUGGAAGAGAGAAGGAAGCUAUAUCGGUGGGGUAACUGGAAGGAUGGAUUAAUCCUGAAUGUGUCUGGGACCAAAUUAGCUGAUCUCCCUGUAGAUGAGCGAUUUCUGGAGGACAAGAGAAUUGACUUUGAGGCCUCACUGGCCAAGGGGCUGGCAGACCUUGCUAUCAAAGACUCUUUAAAUGUUCUCACUUGCUGGAAUGAUCUGGAUGACUUCAACCGGAUUUUCUGGUGUGGCCAGAGCAAACUGGCUGAGCGAGUGCGAGACUCCUGGAAGGAGGAUGCCUUAUUUGGCUACCAGUUUCUCAAUGGCAGCAACCCCAUGCUGCUGAGGCGCUCUACUUGCCUUCCUGGCCGCUUGGUGUUCCCUCCAGGGAUGGAGGAACUGCAGGCUCAACUGGAAAAGGAGCUGAAGGGAGGCACGCUGUUUGAAGCGGACUUCUCCCUGCUGAAUGGGAUCAAGGCUAAUGUCAUCUUGUGUAGCCAGCAGCACCUGGCUGCCCCUCUGGUCAUGCUGAAGCUGCAGCCUGAUGGGAAACUCUUGCCCAUGGUCAUCCAGCUCCAACUGCCGAGCCCAGGAUCCCCACCACCUCCGCUUUUCCUGCCCACGGAUCCCCCAAUGGUCUGGCUUCUGGCCAAAUGCUGGGUCCGUAGCUCUGACUUCCAGCUUCAUGAGCUCCAGUCUCAUCUGUUGAGGGGUCACUUGAUGGCUGAGGUCUUUGCUGUGGCUACCAUGAGGUGCCUUCCAUCGAUACAUCCUAUCUUCAAGCUUGUAAUUCCUCAUCUGCGAUACACCAUGGAAAUUAACAUCCGGGCCAGGACGGGGCUGGUCUCCGACUUCGGAGUUUUCGACCAGGUGGUGAGCACAGGUGGUGGAGGCCAUGUGGAGCUGCUCAAGCGAGCUGGAGCCUUUCUAACCUAUAGCUCAUUCUGUCCCCCUGAUGACUUGGCUGACCGGGGACUCCUGGGAGUCAAGUCUUCCUACUAUGCCCAAGAUGCGCUGCAGCUCUGGAAAAUCAUCUAUCGGUAUGUGGAGGGAAUUGUGAAUCUCCACUACGAGACAGACGCAGCUGUGAAAGAUGACCCUGAACUGCAGACCUGGUGUAGAGAGAUCACUGAAAUUGGGCUGCUAGGGGCCCAGGACCGAGGGUUUCCUGUCUCUUUACUGUCUCGGGACCAGGCUUGUCACUUUGUCACCAUGUGCAUCUUCACCUGCACUGGUCAACACUCCUCCAUCCACCUGGGCCAGCUGGAUUGGUAUUCUUGGGUCCCUAAUGCACCCUGCACAAUGCGGCUGCCCCCGCCAACCACCAAGGAUGCAACGCUGGAGACCGUGAUGGCAACACUGCCCAACUUUCAUCAGGCUUCUCUCCAGAUGUCCAUCACUUGGCAGCUAGGCCGACGCCAGCCCAUUAUGGUGGCUCUGGGCCAGCAUGAGGAGGAGUAUUUUUCGGGGCCGGGGCCUAAGGCUGUGCUGAAGAAGUUCAGGGAGGAGCUGGCUGCCCUGGAUAAGGAAAUCGAGAUCCGGAAUGCAAAGUUGGACCUGCCCUACGAGUACCUGCGGCCCAGCCUGGUGGAAAACAGUGUGGCCAUAUGAGUGUUGCCAGCCUUUGUUUGUUUCAGAUAUCCUCCACCCGAGCUGCAACCCCACCCCUUGGUGGUUUUAGUCUUGCCCUCCAACCCCUGUCAUCUUUUCAUGUCCCACUCUC